AUGUACAUAAUAAAAGAAACGACUAAAACAGUAACAUAUUCUGGAGUAAUAAUAAUUGGAUUAGGAAUCACUGUCAUUAUUUUUCAUGCCAUUUUUAGAGAAUUAUUUUCUGGAAACAGUGCAAAUAAUAUUUAUUCGAAAGCCUCUGACAGAUGUAUAAAAAAUGAAAAAGUCAUAUUAAGUUUAGGACAGCCUAUAAGAGCUUAUGGAGAAGAAAAUUCAAGAGGCAGAAGACACCAUACAAAUUAUUUGGAAUACUCAAAGGAUGGAAUAAAUUAUCUUCGAAUGAAGUUUUUUUUAAAAGGAAGUAGAAAAAAAGCGACAGUACAUUUAGAAAUGAAAGAAAAUGAAAAAAAAAAUUAUGAAUACAGAUAUUUAUUUGUUCAGGUUGAUGAGUAUCCCUACACUACAAUCGUUUUGGAAGAUAACAGAGUUGAAACAGUUACAUCAUCGAAACCAGUGAACGAUGAAUUACUGUUAACAUAA